UUCCUUAAGAGAAAAACUUGAAAUAGUCCGCCCUCACACUGAAUUAUUUUUUUGUUCCGAAAGCUGCGAGCAGCGAAUGCCUUCCAGCAGGCGCGCUGAAUACACACAGUAACAGCUUGAGAGGAAAAAUCACGUGGUGACACAUCUCUGGGACUGGCGUCAUCGUCUUCAUCUCCAAGCAACCCCUCCAUCACCACUCACGUCACCGUACGCCGUGCCGCACUGUUGCCCAGCAACUUGUGCCUUGCGCGCUCACCCGGCCUUGCGCCCCGCUCCGAGCUCUGACGCGCGUGUGACGUUAAUGAGGUGGCUAUCAAUUUGUUAUGGCAGGACGGGGAAGAGGUGGAGUUCCCUCAUCAGGCGAUUCAGCCUGUAGCCUUUUCCUGCAUACCAGCGGAUCGCAGUAGCGAGUGCUGAAGCUUUGGUGGCCAGAAGUGUCAUCCCUGUAAAUAGUCCUCUUUGUAAUCUACGGUUCACGCGGACAGAGUCUUUGUACAUAUGCCACUAUAAGUUAUACGGGAGUGGAUGAACUUGCCUAGUUUUUAUACUUUUAUUCGGAGCGCUUAUUAACGUGGAAUGAAGUGUAAAUCCGCGGUUGUGAAUCUUUUCGAUUGUGGAAGGAGGUGAAUUUCGUUACUGUAUUAAGGUACGGCAUAAGCUACCUUAAUCAAAACGACAGAAAUUCCGGCAGCAAUAUAAAACCACAGCCUAGCACCAUGGUGAUCAUGACAGAGAGCGGUCCGGGGUCUCAGCCCAAUCCCUCGCAAGGCAGGCCCCUCCAGGUCGGUUUCUAUGAAAUCAUCCGCACUCUGGGCAAAGGAAACUUCGCCGUUGUCAAGCUGGCAAGACACAAAGUCACCAAAACACAGGUCGCUAUCAAAAUUAUUGAUAAGACCCGGCUCAACUCCUCAAACCUGGAGAAAAUCUACAGAGAGGUGCAGAUAAUGAAGCUUCUCAACCACCCUCAUAUCAUAAAGCUCUACCAGGUUAUGGAGACGAAAGACAUGCUGUACAUUGUCACAGAAUAUGCGAAAAAUGGCGAGAUGUUUGACUACCUGACAACCAAUGGCCGGAUGAGUGAGGAGGAGGCCCGCAAGAAGUUCUGGCAGAUUCUGACAGCGGUGGACUACUGCCACCGUCACCACAUCGUCCACCGCGACCUCAAGACAGAGAACCUGCUUCUUGACGCCAACAUGAACAUUAAGCUGGCAGACUUUGGUUUUGGGAACUUCUACAACGCUGGAGAGCCUCUGUCCACAUGGUGCGGCAGCCCGCCCUACGCCGCACCCGAAGUCUUCGAGGGAAAGGAGUAUGAAGGCCCACAGCUGGACAUCUGGAGCCUGGGUGUGGUUCUCUACGUUUUGGUCUGUGGUUCUCUGCCCUUUGAUGGGGCCAGCCUGCCCGCCCUGAGACAGCGAGUGACGGAGGGCCGCUUCCGCAUCCCCUACUUUAUGUCUCAAGAUUGUGAGAACCUGAUCCGUAAGAUGCUGGUGGUGGACCCUGCCAAGCGGAUCACCGUGGCCCAGAUCAAGCAGCACCGCUGGAUGCUGGCCGACCCCAGCGCCCCGCACCAGGCGCUCUCGCUGUCCCUCACCGACUACAACUCCAACCUCGGCGACUACAGCGAGCCCGUGCUGGGCAUCAUGCAGACCCUGGGCAUCGACCGGCAGAGGACAGUGGAGUCUCUCCAGAGCAGCAGCUACAACCACUUCUCUGCCAUCUACUACCUGUUGCUGGAGCGCGUGAAGGAGCACCGCAGUCAGCAGCUCAGCCGCCAGUGUGGAUCCUGGACCCAGAGACCCAGGAGCACGUCCGACUCCGCUGCCCCAGAGGUGAUCAUGGAGUCUGCAGAUGGAUUCAGAUCCGCCUUCCCGCUUCAGGCCAAGAAGAGUGCGCCCAUGCAUUCUGACAUGGAAUGCGACCAGAGCGGCCUUUUCCAGCGCGUGGUGUGCCCUGUGGAGGCCAGCCUGAGCGGCCUGCUGUGGAACCGCUCCAUCUCGCCCAACAGCCUGCUGGAGACCACCAUCAGUGAGGAGGUGCGCCCACGUGACCUGGAGGACGAGGAGGUCUCUGCCAUCGUCACCCAGCCGCCCGUACUGCACAGCACGGCGUCCCGUCGGCACACGCUCGCCGAGGUGUCGGCUCGCUUCCACCAGUGCAACCCUCCCUGUAUCGUGGUCAGCCCUUCUGAUGCCGCCUCCUCCGACAGCUGCCUCAAGUCCUCGUCCAACCCCCACCCUGCCCUGUCCACCCCUAUGGAGGGCCUGUCUACCCUGCUGAGCUCUGGGAUGGGCCCCGGAGCGCUGGCCACUGCCGGAACCCCUCUGGCCCUCUCCUCCAACCGGCUCCUGCAGGCCCAGGGCAGUCUUCACGCCGCCAGCUUCCAGGAGGGCCGCAGAGCCUCUGACACCUCCCUCACUCAAGGCCUGAAGGCAUUCCGGCAGCAGCUGCGGAAGAACACUCGGACCAAAGGCCUGCUGGGGCUCAACAAGAUCAAGGGGCUGACGCGGCAGGUAUGCCCCCCAACGUCUUGUGCCCCCCGGGGGAGCCGCGGCUCCAUCGGUCCGGCCAUGUGUGCCACGAGCGGUCGCAGCAUGCUGGAGGAGGUCCUGCACCAGCAGAGGAUGCUCCAGAUUCAGCACCAGAGCCAGCCUCAGGUGCAGUCCCAGCAGCCCUCGGUCGCCACGGUGACCACUCAGCAGCCCGUCCUCUUCCUCUCCCAAUCGCAUCAGCAUCAGCACCAGCACCAGCACCAGCACCCACCCUCCCCUCCCCCCACCAACCUCUUCGCCCCGGCCGCCCUGUUCUCCAAGGCCCCGGUGCUGCUGCCCAUGUGUCAGCAGACCCCUCUGGCACUUCAGCCCCAGCCCCAACAACAGGCUUCCCUCUGGCGCCAGCCCAUGGACUCCUGCUCUUCUACCUCCACCUCCUCCUCCCGCUCCUCCUCCACCUCCUCCACCUCCUCCUCCUGCUCCUCCUCUUCCUCGUCUUCCUCGUCCCUGUCCCCCGUGGUCUCCACCGCCCACCUGCUGGAGGCGCAUCUGCACAUCAGCCAGCACCCUCACCACCCCCUCCAGCCCCAGGUAGCUCACAGCCACCAGCACCUCCAGGCCCUGGCACAAGCCCAGGGGCCCUUCUCCUUCUUCCCCCAGCAGGGCAGCUGGGGGCUGGGCAACAGGGCCUCACAAAACCCUGAGGUCCAGGAGAUGGUCUGCAGUGGACAGCAGCAGCAGCUCAGCAGCUGCGUGAUGGUGAAGUGAAAAGGCAGGCAGCAGUAGCACACUGGACACCAUUUGAAGUUCCGUAGGGCGGAAGAAAUAGAAGAAGCUAAUGGAGAGGCUAUGAUGACAAGAGAGAGCCAGAUUUAUCACACUAGUUUUGCUCUCUCCCUCUCAUUCUGUCUGUCCUUCUCUCGUCUUUGAUUGGCUGAAUGACACCAGCUGACCAGCUGAGAAGUGGACAGUCACUGACAUGAUCAAACAGACAGAAGUGUUGAGUUGUAACCAUCUGACUUUGUUUGUGAUGGUAGCAAAAAAAAACGUAAAGAAAGAAAAUGAAGGUGUUGCAUCCUUUUAGAUGCAAUCAGUAGAUUUGUUUUUCUUUUUUUUACAUUAUACAGAAAAGAAAACACACAAAAAAAGAUGCAAAUGACAAUUCCACAUUUUGAACAACAUGCAAAUACACGGUGUUAGUGCUUGUUGUCUCAUGCAUCUGGGAUUCAAACGAAGAAGCAAUAACCAAACUCUCUGUGGAGGCCCUCCCCUCCUGUCAGACUCUGGACUUCCCUUACAAGCAAUAAGGAAUGGGCCCUUGCCCAAGGGGAAAGCUAUGGAGAUAACAAAUGAAUGGACUCACUUGAAGAAUAGAGGACUGACUUCCAAGAAAAAAAAAAUGCUUAUGUCAGUCAGAGCUGUUUUUUUUAAAUUAUUUUAUUGUAUGAGAGUGCAGGAACUGCACGUCUUCCUGAUUUGAUUUUUUUUCUUUUAGUUUUGCUAACUAAGUGAGUUUUUCAUUUUGUUAGGUAAGGCCAAAGUUUUUGGAUUUUUGGUUUGCUUUGAUUUACAUUUUUUGUAGCAGUCCAGUAUGGAAAAUGCAGUAUCAGACAUCCAAAACUUCCACAAUUCUCAACAAAAAUGCUAUCAUUGUUAACUGUGAUUGCCUCAGUAACACUUUGCUGGGUUAAAGCUGCUUCUCUUAGAGAAAAACAGAGAUUCAACUGGUACGUUAUGAUGCUUAAAAACGUGGAGGAGGAUAUGUGAACUUUUAGCUUGAUGACAGAAACACAAAAUGUACUUCAACUGGUAGACCAUCUGAGCUUGGUGCAGUGUGUGUGUUUGUGUGUGUGUGUGUGUGUGUGUGUGCGCACACACACUCUAAGACUGAGAACAUGAGCCGCUUUGCUGCUUUGUAUUACGUCAUGUCCAGCCUUUGAUCCACACACACGUACACACACAGUUUAUUUUGCUGCACCUUCUGUGAUGACAGACAUGUGCUCCUGUUCAGACAUCAAGUAUUUGACCUCAGACCAAUUAUUUGAUUUCUUUGUUAAUCCCUCCUCCUCAAAAAAAAAAUUGAAGAGUGGCAUCAUAUCACUACCUCUUCCUCCACCAGAAAUAAGAAUUUCAGAGCAGAAACUCAAUUUAUGAUCUACACAAAAGGCUUUUUUUUUGUUGUUGUAAUAUGUAAAUUAUUGCUUACAGUAUGUGUUGUGCUACAUUAAUGAGCAGAUGAGAAGCCCAACUUAUCUCUGCACUGACUAAUUGCAGCACAGCAAUUGGAUUUCAUGCUAGCAGAACAGAGAGAACAAAAAAGCUUUUUUGGGGAAUAGUGCAAUAUUUCACAUUGAAAUGUAGAGAAACCAGGUGAGAAAGCUCAUGUAGGAAACAAAGGGGCGACACAUGCCUAAAGUGGUUGUUUUCUAACUUCUUUUUUAUGAUUGUAUGAGAUUAUUUGAACACAGAGUAUAGAAUAACAUAUAUUAGUUUAGUAGAGGCCAUGUUGACUUGCGUUUUUUUUUUUUUUUUUCGUCUCUACACAACACAGGUUGCCUUUGAGUCUUGGUGUAAAUGGCAGUACUAGUGUAAGCCAAAGAGAAGGAGGUAGAUGUAUCACUGCCUUUUUGACAUUAGCUCUCCGUAGCUCUCAGUGUACUGCUUACUUAGCAUUUCACUUCAGCAGAAGUAACUUCCAUGAUUAGAUGUUGUGGCUUUCUCUGUCUCACAAGGACCAUGGUUGUAUUUAUAUAUAUUAUUAUUACUUCACUUUUGAAAUCGAGUUGAUAACUUGUAGCAAUAGACUUUCUGGAUAAGUUGUUUUGCUCGAGAUACAAUUGCUCUUAGGUGCUAGAAGUAGAUUGCGACCCUGUGUCUAAGUUUUAUGUGCUUUUUUUAUUUUAUUUCAGAUGAACUGUAUGUUGUUGAAACACCACCAUUGAAUUUGCUGUGACAAUUCUCCAUAAGUGGUGUUCCACUUUUAUGCUCUGCUUGGUCGAUUCACAAUAUCUUUGAAAAGCGUUUCUCCUUGUCAAGAACAAUACGAGACAAUGUUCAAAACUUUAUUCAGAAAAAAGGUUUGUGGUGGGAUCAGUCAGUCAUUACACAGUGUUAACAUGUGCUCAGUCCAAUGAUGUAGUUUGAUUGCACUCACCACCAACGCUUGUGCCUUUUUCCGAACAAAUCUUACAUGUGGGAAAAAAAUACAGGUUGAUUUUGGUUCAGGAUUCGAAAAGCACAUAAACCGGUUACCCAAACGCUUCUCUAUGGUUUUCAAAACAAAAUCCAUUUUUUUGAUAAUUCUGUUUACUUUGCUUUGUUGGAAAGAAAUGCACUUUAUUAGAAUAUUGCUCAUUUGAAAAAAAAAAAACUCUUUGUUUCCGAGGAAGAAUUCAGAAGGUUACGACCAGUGAUGUAACAUGUAACCAUGGGAAACACUACACCGUAGAUGCAGUUCAGUAAACAUGUCUCUGUUUCUUUUUGGUUAUUUUCAAUUGCUGGUGUAAUUUCCCAAUUUCCUUGCUGUGUGUGUUUGUGUGUGUGCGUGAGAAAAGUGUGUUUUGUAUGAAGGUGAAAGAGUGAACUAGAAAUGAAAAGAUUGUUUUAUUUAUGUGGCUAUUUAUUUGAAUAAAAUUCACUUCCUAAAACUUCA